AUGCCGCGGAUCGCAUCCUUCUCAGCUCUGCUUGUCAGAGCACGAUCGGACACGUACAGCGCCUCUCCAACUCGUCACCACAACCCUGAUCGCCUGGAAGCACUUCUAAAAGUCGUCUACAGUGGCUCAGAUGAGCUUCUAAUCAAGGCGUUUUCCGACCCGCAGCUGAGUGCCGCAAUCGAACUUCUUCGGAGCAUCCCAAUCGCAGAGCUUCAAGCAGAGUUGGGUGCAACUCGAGUAUACAUUGAAGGAGCUCGGGCUCUACCUCACAGCGGCACAGUCACGGGUCGCUUGUGUCUGCCAUCACACAAUACUCGGACUAUUCGUCAAAUACUGCGUCUGACUUUGAUGUUGAUCUUCGCCAGCGUUUCCACGAUUCCACUACUCUCGGAGACAAUUCGAGACAUGCCCAUGAUGAUGCAAAUACCACCAAAUAAAUAUUACUGUCCUGCUUGCCGGCAGCCUAAGACAGUCAAAAGGAACGACGCCAAGCGACACAUGAAAGAUUCUUGCGAGGUGCUGAGGAAGAUGGCCUUUCAGACUUGGUUUGGAUGUCCUUACUGUCAUCAAGUCGCUGCAAAAUCUCUCGAGGAAUACAGACUCCAUCUGUACGAUCAUGUUCAAGAAGGAGCUGCUCCAACACCCCAUGCUGUGAUCCGGCUUCGCAACCUUACGAUGCAGAAUCAACUGGUCGGACCCUCAACUGCGGAGCUACAGCGUAGGACAGGACGUCCUGACUCUUGGAUGGAGCUGUUGUGGUUGGCAGACGAUGUCAUCCCUCUGACUCAGAUUCUAGAAAUUGGUCAGACUUUCUUUGGCUGGCCACAGACUGCACAGGGAUAUCAGAACCCCGUGGACUUUGUCAACUACCUACUGAGCAUCGCUACGAUCGGUCGACAAUCACUGACCGCUGCUAUCAACCCAAUGGCUGUAUCCGGCCCGUCCAGUACGCCAGGACGGCAAGCCGACCGUUACCCACCGCUGUAUCUGAAUGCUGGGCAAGGUACCUGCGAUCUUGACCACCAACGGUAUAUCGACAAUAUGAGCGAACCACGAAGAACAGCCGACUCUAUACCGUCCACUAUCCCGUAUCCUGUACCGGACUUCCCCACUGGCACCUUCACGUCCAAUGUGGCCCUCCAUGGCCAACGGCCGUCCAACAACGCACACUACCUUUCAAACUCGAUGACCGGUCUGUAA